UUAUUUUGUUGAUGCGCCAUCACCGUCGCAUUAUUUUCUCUUCUCAUUGUCAGAAGGACAAAGAGAUGUCUCCCUCUCCAAUACCUGCACAAUGUGAAGGCUGCAGCUCCAAAUUCUCAUGGUUAAGGAAAAGGCGGACAUGUCUAAUGUGCCGCUCGGUGUGCUGCUCAGCCUGCAUGCAGCGGGUGCGUCUGUGCGGCGUCGGCCGGCAGUGCCUGCGCUGCACGCGACUGGCCGGCGUACGCUACGAGCGCGCCGCCCUGCAGCAGAUGACCGUGCGCGACCUGAAGCACAUCAUGAAGAUCGCGGACGUCUCCUCGGCCACCUGCCGCGAAAAAUCGGACCUGGUGGACACGAUUCUGAUGUCCCGGAGGUCGGCCGAGCAGUCGGAUACUCAGAGCGAGCGGUCGCCGUUACCGUCCGCCCCCGACCUCGACCUCGACCGCGAGCCGGCCCCCGCGCCCACCCCCGCCCCCGCCGCCGACGGCCUGCCCCACCGCGCCCGGCCGCGAGAUUCGAGUCGCGUGGGGCCCUACGAGUCGAUCCGAGUGCGCGCCAUGGAUGCUGAGGAGGCGCCGCCGUCGCCGAAGCCGGCGGGCGCGGCCGGCCGCCGCUCGGCGUCGCCCGCCGGCUCGGAGAGCUGUGACGACGUCGACGAGGACGGGUUCGUGGUGGUCGACGUGGAGACGAAUGGUGACGGCGGUGAGAGCGGCGUCCGGUCGGAGCCGCCGGCGGAGGGCGGUGCGGUGGACGGAGAGGUGGAUGUGGAGGUCGAGGUGGACGGCCCGGCCGGCGGCAGCGAUGCCGGAGAGGAGGUGGUGGUGGACGAUGACCCGGACGAGCCGCAGUCCGAGUCGGUGACCAUCGAGGUGGAGCGGUCCGGGGACCCGGCGGCCGACAACCCCAUGUCCGAGACCGGCCUGGACCUGUCUCGUGUGACGGACGUGGCUCAGAUUCCCUCGGAGGAGCUGAUCGCCCGGCUGACGGUUCGCCAGUGUAAGCGGCUGCUGCAGCACCGUCGAACCGACUACCGCGGCGUCAUCGAGAAACAGGACCUGCUGCGGCGCGUCCGCGAGCUCUGGCACGAGACUAAGCGCAACGCAGAGGCUCUGGCGACCGCGUCCGACCGCGACAUAUGCAAGAUCUGCAUGGACUCGCUGAUCGAUUGCGUGAUGCUGGAGUGCGGUCACAUGGCCACCUGCACCGCCUGCGGUAAGCUGAUGGCAGAGUGUCCCAUCUGCCGCAAAUACGUCGUCCGAGUGGUGCAUGUGUUCCGAUCGUAGCGCCACACCUCGACGGCGGCGCGUACUUCAGCUUUGUUACCCGCCGCGUGGCGGCGCUGUGAGUGGAGGAAUGCGGCUGGGACGCAGCACGGAGGCUGGUCGAAUAUUUUUGGUAGAAUGGAGAGUCCCAGUCGUCCUCUAAGCGGAGCAUUGAAAGUUACCAGAGGAAGUGGUGAGAUAAGUUUAAAUACUGAAGAAAAUGUGAUCCCUAUCCGCGCCAGUUGAGGUUUAACAAUGCAGGAACGGUCCUGGAUGGUUUUGUACUAGUCUAGCUAGCUUUGGCACUUUGUUUAACGGGUGUUGUGAUGUAGCUUUAGCUGAUAUUCGGGGUGUCGAGUCGUUGAUAUCGUGAGGUUGCGGAUGUUUCGAGGGAAUGUCUUUGAGGCAUAUCGGAGCCUGUCUGGGCUGAAGCCGCCAGUUUGCAGUGUUAAAAGGCACUGAUGGCGGCCCCUAGGGCUGGAGUGGGCACUCGGCGGUGCAGGGCCCCGUGUGGUGCUUGUUCUGAUCGGCUGACCGGUGGAGCCCGAUUGUUAGCCGCGCGGGCGGUGGGUGCGCCCGGCCUCGGCGAGGAACGGUCGGCGGCAGUGUGGGUGCCGGUCCCCGCAGGGGAGGGCGAGCGGUCCGCGCGGUGCAGCGUCACGCCGAGCCUGUGAUUCGCGCGGCGCCGGCCGUGUGAGCCGGGCGUGAUAUCCAGAGGACCAGUGGGUGUUCGAACCGAAUCCAUAUCGAUUCCACACAACCGACUCGGUCCGAAACCGAGACGAGGCUGAUUAGAGUAGUCCACCAGACUGGUACACGGUGUAUCUUCCGCUGAGCCGAGUCGCUGGGGUAAAUGUGCACAUAUUGGCUGUUAUCGGGCGGUUCGCUGCGACAAAUCCAGAUGCAGACGACCUAUUUUAUUUUAACGAAUUGUUCAAUUUGUAUUCAGUUUUGUUUAUGAUCCAAGAUGGUUAUGCAGAGAUGACCAAAUAUAUUUUCAGCUUCCGUAA